UACAAAUUAAUAUACUGUUUAGGCACUUGUUCAAAAGCAGUCUUUUCAUAGAUAUUCAGAGGAAUACAAAGAAAAUGAAGAGGUUUAUUUAUGGAGAAGAUGUCUGUUAAAGCGGAUGUCCGUAGCUCUGUUGUAAAGGAAUAAGGCUCAGGUGACUGCUGUAUUAUGUUUCAGCAUCGAGAGGGCAGCUCUGACUGGCUGGGCUCUAAGCAGGUGUGGUGCUGGCUAGCCUAUGUCCCUCUGUCUGUUCUUUUUGUUUCCCUCCAUCAAUCUGCAAAACACUUUGGGAGGCUUGGCGUUCGAGAGGGAGAAAGUCUUUGCUCUUGAAUCUUUUUUCCUUUUUUUUUGUCUUGCGCGAGCUGUACUUGAUGGUCGCAGGGUGGAUUUCACCUGAGCAAGCAAGCGGGGAGCUUUGAGAGCCGCUGUUCACAUGCUUCUCCAGCUCUUUACACUGGGCGCACAAAAUGGCUGUCAGAUUCCGAAGACAGACCUCAGGAAUGGAGGAGACCAUCUGGGAGCAGUACACUGUGACAUUACAGCGGGACUCCAAGAUGGGGUUUGGCAUCGCGGUGACGGGCGGGCGGGACAACCCCAACGUGGAGAGUGGGGAGACGUCCAUCAUCGUGUCAGAUGUUCUCCCAGGAGGCCCAGCUGACGGACAGCUCUACGAAAAUGACCGUGUUAUUUUGGUCAACACCAUCCCCAUGGAUAAUGUGCCUCACUCAUUUGCUGUGCAGCAACUGAGAAAAUGUGGGAAAGUAGCCAAAAUUACAGUGAAGAGGCCCCGCAAGGUUCCCGUCCAGACCAUAAAGACGCCCCCCUCCCCCGAAGCGCACGACUGGCCGUCCGACUACGAGGAGUACGAGCGGCACAGCAGCCUCAGCAGCCGCAAACCCAGCUGGGCCGAGGGGAACGGGGGCCUGGGCUACCCCCGCAAACGGGACCAAAGCUUGGAGCAGGAGCGGGGGAGGGGCGCGUACCUGGAACCCGAUUACCGAACCCGCGGAUAUGGCCGCGACCAGGAGUACGGCCGGGGCAGGAGUGUGGAGCGCGACGAGCGGGACUACCGGAGGGACGGCAGCAGGGGGCGCACUCUGAGCCGCGAGCUUAGCCCUGAGCGCCGUUACCCGAAGGAUCACAGCAGGGGGCGCAGCGUCGACCGCGAUCGCGACCUCAGUAGUCCCACCCAGACCUACAACAACCGCGAUCUCAGCUACGAGCGCCGGAGAAUUGAGCCGCGCACGGAUGAGCGGAUGCUGCGGAGCCGCAGCAGGGAGCAGCUGCCGGACCGCUCCCCAUCCCCCGACCCGCGCUCCCACGACGGCGACCGGGAGCCCCUGGAGAAGCCCAUCAACGUGCUCCUAGUGAAGAACCGGCCCAACGAAGAGUACGGCCUUCGCCUGGGCAGUCAGAUCUUCAUCAAAGAGAUGACCAGCACAGGCCUGGCAGCCAAGGAUGGGAGCCUCCGGGAAGGCGACAUUAUUCUCAAGAUCAACGGGACGGUCACGGAGAACCUGUCCCUGGCCGAUGCCGGGAAGCUGAUUGAGAAAUCCCGGGGAAAGCUGCAGCUGGUGGUCCAGCGGGACCGGAGGCAGAUCCUGAUCCGCAUCCCCGCUCUGGCAGACAGCGACUCGGAGCCCGAUGACAUCUCUGAGAUCGAGUCGUAUCGCUCCUACUCCCCGCAGGAAGACAGACGCUCCCGUCAUUCGGACCUCUCCUCGCAUUCGUCAAACGAGAGGAUACGCGAGAAGCCCGGGGAUGACCCCCCGAGCAAACAGGGCAGGGCGGGUAGCAUGCCAUCCUCUUUCCGAGGGUCCGAGGACAACCAUCCCCAGCAGGAGCACGCAGAGGAGCCGCGAACGGAGGAGCCCCCUGCUGUCGUUAUUGCAACUCCAAAAAUCCUUCUGAGGCCCAGCCCAGAGGACGAAGCCACUUAUGGGAGCAACACUGCGAUGGUGAGCUUCCAGAAAGGCGAAAGUGUCGGUCUGCGCCUGGCUGGGGGCAACGAUGUGGGUAUCUUCAUCGCAGGAGUCCAGGAGGGCAGCCCAGCCGAGGAAGAGGGGCUCCAGACCGGGAACCAAAUCCUGAAGGUGAACAAUGUCGACUUCAGGGGCCUCGUCCGAGAGGAAGCGGUGUUGUUCUUGUUGGAGAUACCCAAAGGGGACACCGUGACCAUACUGGCACAGAGCAAGUCCGAUGUUUACAAGGACAUCCUGGCAUCCGGCCGAGGGGACUCGUUCUUCAUCAGGACCCACUUUGAGUAUGAAAAGGAGUCUCCACAGGGUCUGUCCUUCUCACGGGGAGAGAUCUUUAAGGUGGUGGACACCCUAUAUGAUGGAAAACUGGGCAACUGGCUGGCUGUUCGAGUAGGAGGAGACAACCGGCUUCUGGAGAAGGGCAUCAUUCCGAAUAAAAGCAGGGCUGAUCAAAUGGCCAGUGUGCAGAACUCUCAAAAGGGGGCAGGAAACGACAGGGCAGAUUUCUGGAGGUUGCGUGGCCAAAGGGCAGCUCGGAAAAAGGACCUUCGGAAGACCCGCGAUGAUAUGGGUUCCACCCCCAUUGGUACCCGGUUCCCUGCCUACGAGAGGGUGGUCUUACGAGAAGCUGGUUUCAAGAGACCUGUGGUGCUGUUUGGACCCAUCGCCGAUGCAGCUAUUGAGAAGCUAUCCUCAGACCUGCCUAAUGAGUUCCUGAUUGCCAAAACAGAGCCCAAAGAUGCGGGGUCAGAGAAGUCCCCAGGCGUGGUGCGCCUUAACACCAUCCGGCAGAUUAUUGAACAGGAGAAGCACGCUCUGCUGGAUGUGACGCCAAAGGCUGUGGACACACUCAACUACACUCAGUGGUAUCCCAUCGUCAUCUUCUUCAACCCCGACAGCAAGCAGGGAGUGAAGACCAUGCGCCAGCGUGUCAUCCCAGGUUCCGGCCGCAGCUCCCGGAAGCUGCACGACCAGGCGGUCAAGCUGAGGAAGACCUGCUCACAUCUCUUCACUGCCACAAUUGAUCUGAACUCUGCCAAUGACGCGUGGUAUGGGAGUGUGAAGGACUCCAUACGCGAGCAGCAGGCUCAGGCCGUUUGGGUGUCCGAAGGGAAGCUGGACUUGACAGAAGGGGAUCUUGAUCUCCAUGACGAUCGCAUGUCCUACCUCUCAGCCAUGAGUGCCGACUAUCUGAGCAUGGAUAGCCGGCUUGUCAGUGACUGCGACGACACGGCCGAUGAGGGCGGGGCCUACACUGACAACGAGCCGGACGAGCCGAUAGGCGAGCCGCAUGUUUCUGCCAUCAGUCGAUCCUCCGAGCCUGUCCUAGCUGAAGAGCUUUCGAGGCGACCGAGCCCAGAUUCACGAAUACGCAUGAAGACGUUUGGGAUUCGGGAGGCACCUCGGGAAUCUAGCCCCCCUCCUUCCUUUGUCCCUGAAACACCCAAGAUGAAAGCCCAGUCCCGAGACAAGGGGCUUCGCGUACAGCCCAGCCCCCGCAGAGGUUACGACUCUCACUCCAGCAGUCCCACGAGCAGCGAUCACCCACGCAGCCAGGACUCCUACAGCGGAAAGCCCCUACCACCCCCCGUUUCCCUCAAACCCACCUACCAGUCCCGCAUCCCCAGGGGCACGCCUGACAGCCAGCCCCCUGGUGACCGGGCUGGGGUGCCGGAGAGCCCCGAAGACCCAUCCCAGAAGUCCUUUCUUGGCAAGGUGAAAGCUUUCGAGAAGAUGGACCACUUUGCCCGGACGCAGAGGAUGCUGGAGCUGCAGGAAGCCCAGAGCGCCAGGCUGGAAAUUGCUCAGAGGCAUCCGGAUAUCUAUGCGGUUCCUUCGAAGCCACCAAAGGCCGACCUCAGCCGACCGCAACCAAUAGGUUCAAGCUCGCGGCCAGAGCCCCAGACCUCGCCUUCCAAGCAGCCCUACUCUGAGAGCCGGUCACCAUAUUACCACGGCGGGGAAGAGGAGUACCGGCAGCAGCUGGCCGAACAGAACACACGGGGCUACCCUGGCAGCUCACAGCAGUACCAGGACACUGAGCUGUAGAGGCAGCUAUAGAGGCAGACAGCCUCGGCUGGCCACCGGCCACCAUUCCACAGGGUACAUACACUCCCUGCACCGACCUGCUGCUGACUCAGAAGCCUUCCUCUUUUUAAGUUGUCCUUGCUUCUAAGAAGUUCAAAUAUCUGUCCAUGUGGAUAAAAAAAAAAGUUGGAUUUAUUUGUAUUUACUUGUUUUGUUUAUUAAUCAGGAGCCACUUUCUAUUGCCUAUGCAAACAUUUCAGUUUCUACAGAGCAGCUGCAAACGAUCGCCACGUUGUCCCUUUUUCUGACUUCGAACCAAAACUUCUUGACUUUUUGCAGCCCGUUUUGUUACGUUUUUGUUUUUGUAAUCGUCGAAGAGUAAACAACUACCAGUCUGUCUCACCAGGUCAUUUGUAAUUACACGUUUGGUCAUCUUCUCUCCAUCUAUUCCUGCCUUCCUGUGAACACGCUCAGACACACAUGCGCACACUGGGAUUUGCUAAUGUGUUUUUGAAGUGCCUUUUUUCCUUUGAAUACCAUGGUUGUGUGAUGCACGUAGAACAAACGAGCCCAUUGCGAGCAGAGAACCAUCAAAUCUGAAGGGAUAACAGGGAACCAACGACACCAGAACCUUAACGAUAAAUGUCCCCGUCUUCAUUGCGAGCGGUGUGUGGUCAGAACGGUCUCUUUCAGAAUAGGGAUUCUGAGAAGACCGGCUGGAAUAUGAGAGUGUUGUCAUUUGACCACAAAAUUUGAAUGUAUACUACAUCUGCUUGAUUAUAUGUUGGUUUACUAUAUUUUCAUGGAAGAGCUACAGUGUUUCAAACAUGGUUUUCAUUCGCUGCAUUCCGCUUGUUUGGAUAUAACUGUGAGAAGAAUGAGACCAUGGUCGUUUGGUCUUGUGUGAGCCCUUGAAGUUUAAUUUGCUACACCAAAUACAAAUAAAGCUAACAAGUUAAUUUUUUAAAAAGGUAAACAGUAUUAUGAUAAAUAAUAUAAAGACACUUGUUUUUACUGCAGUAUAAAAUGUAUUUUACAAAAGUUUGGUGUUAAAAUAAAUCUCACACAUACUCUCUGUACACAAACUUCGAGCCAUGUCAUUACCCUGGCCUCUGGGAUCCUCACUCUGGAAAAGAAAAAAAAAAACUAAGGAAAUAAUAAAACAGUUCUGUUAAUGUUUCUGCUGUGUUGAACACUUUUUGAUUAGUAAGUUACACUGGUAAAGGAAAUGUUUCAUUACUACGUGAUGUAUAGAUACGUACCUCAAUCCCUGUGGUCUGCUUUUGCAUAUAUUACACAGCUAACCACCAGGGGGAGCUCAAGUUUGUUUCACAAAUACUAUAUAUAGCCUGAGAAAUGUGAUUUAAAUGGAGUUUGGCCCCAAUUUUUUUUAUUGAACAGCUAUAUUGUAUUAUUAUUGAUUAUCAGUUAAGAAAAAUAAAUUAUGUAAUAAACCAGACAAUGUGAUGUUGGGAUGCUGCUACAAUUUAAUUGUAAAUAAUGAAGAGCUCUUAAAAAUCUUUGGUGCUGGAAUGAAAUUCCAAAACUGAAAAUGUACCUGCAGGUAUGGUGCUGCAAAGCUCCAGUGAUACUCUAAUAAUACAGUUGCAGUAUUAUUUGAGUGAAGAUGGAACAACGCAUGACUUGAACAACAUAAAGGGAGUUAAAGGAUGUUAAAAAAGUUGACUGUAAAUGUCACAGUCUCUGCUGUAAGGCAGGAACCCUGUAGGCUGGCAGUCCUCCUCUUCAGGUUAGCCUUACCUUAAUGAUACAUCUCAGUUUUACUGAGAAACCCAAAACUUCUGUGUAACCGAUGCCAGGCCGAGGUACUGCCAAGCUUCUGGCUGAGACUGGAACAUGCCUUAGCAAGUGUCUGAGAGCAGCUGGUCAUUUCCCAUGUGCUCCGAUCUGGCUGUACCAGCCAGCUUUGCAGAAUGGGCUAGGUAAGUGUGGUGGAUAUUUAUUAUAUACACUAUUAAAAGUGAUUAACCCA